UCUAAGAGCCAAUCAGCUCUCCGUGACGACAGCGAGGCGUUUCCCAUCAUGCACUACAUCCAACUGCGCAUGCGUCGUUCAAAGAUGGAGUCCGAGGAGCCUCCGGUGUCGGUCUCCGUGUCUCCGGGAGAAAAGAUGAGGCUGUUGGUGAAGCAGCGAGUCCACGCGGCCGUUGAAGAGUCUUCUGGGCUGUUGGACACAUUGACAGCAGCUUAUGAGGACACCGUGUCUCCGCUCAGAGAACACGAGCGACACGCAUCAGACGUCCAGCAGCUGUUGGUGGUUAAAGAAGAGGUUCCUUUUGAGCAGCAGGUCUGGAGCUCCAGUCUGGACCAGGUGCAUCCAGAGCCCCCCCACAUUAAAGUGGAACAGGAGGACCAAGAGAACUCAGUGCCCCCCCACAUUAAAGAGGAACAGGAGGACCAGGAGAACCCUGAGCCCCCCCACAUUAAAGAGGAACAGGAGGACCAGGAGAACCCUGAGCCCCCCCACAUUAAAGAGGAACAGGGGGACCAGGAGAACCCUGAGCCCCCCCACAUUAAGGAGGUACAUGAGGAACUCUGGACCAGUCAGGAGGGAGAGCAGCUUCAAGGGCUGGAGGAGGCUGGUCUCAAGUUCUCAUUCACUCCUGUGAAGAGUGAAGCUGAAGAGGAAGCUCAGUCCUCUCAGCUUCAUCAAAGACAAACUGAACCGAUGGAAAUAGAAGCUGAUGGAGAUGAUUGUGGAGGACCAGAACCAGCCAGGAACCCAGAUCCAGAUAGACCUCCAGUUCCUGAUGAAAAGACUGGAGACUCUUCAGAACCAGAUACUGAUGAGACUGGAGACUCUUCUGAACCAGAUACUGAUGACUCUGUUGAUUGGAAGAAGACCAGAGAACCUCAAGCAGGUUUAAACUCCCUGAAUAAUGAUGAGGUUUCUGUUAGUGAUUCAAAAUGUAGUUCUAGUCAGAAACCAUUAAGCUGCUCUAAAUGUGGGAAAAGAUUUCACCUCAAAGGAGAUUUUAAGAAACACAUGUUAACUCACACAGGAGAGAAACCUUUCAGCUGCUCAGUCUGUAAAAGAUCUUUUGCACAGAGAGGAACUUUAAAGAGACACAUGUUAACUCACACAGGAGAGAAACCUUUCAGCUGCUCAGUCUGUAAAAGAUCUUUUGCACAGAGUGGACCUCUAAAGAGUCACAUGUUAACUCACACAGGAGAGAAACCUUUCAGCUGCUCAGUCUGUAGAACAUCUUUUGCACAGAACAAUCAGUUAAAUAUUCACAUGUUCACUCACACAGGAAAGAAACCUUUCAGCUGCUCAGUCUGUAAAACAUCUUUUGCACAGAGAGGAGCUUUAAAGAGUCACAUGUUCAUUCACACAGGAGAGAAACCGUUCAGCUGCUCAGUCUGUAAAACAUCUUUUGCACAGAGCAGUCAUUUAAAGAGUCACAUGUUAACUCACACAGGAGAGAAACCUUUCAGCUGCUCAGUCUGUAAAAGAUCUAUAAGACACAGAGGAACUUUAAAGACUCACAUGUUAACUCACACAGGAGAGAAACCUUUCAACUGCUCACUCUGUAAAACAUCUUUUGCAGAGAGGAGAUAUUUAAAGAGACACAUGUUAACUCACACAGGAGAGAAACCUUUCAGCUGCUCACUCUGUAAAACAUCUUUUGCACGGAGUGAAACUUUAAAGACUCACAUGUUAACUCACACAGGAGAGAAACCUUUCAGCUGCUCACUCUGUAAAACAUCUUUUACAGAUAGGAGACUUUUAAAGAGACACAUGUUAACUCACACAGGAGAGAAACCUUUCAGCUGCUCACUCUGUAAAACAUCUUUUGCACGGAGUGAAACUUUAAAAAGUCACAUGUUAACUCACAUAGGAGAGAAACCUUUCAGCUGCUCACUGUAAAACAUCUUUUACAGAUAGGAGACUUUUAAAGAGACACAUGUUAACUCACACAGGAGAGAAACCUUUCAGCUGCUCACUCUGUAAA